GAUGUCUUAAUAGGCUUAAAAGGGAGGAAAGGGAGCAUAGACAAAAACUGAUGCAAAGCCAUAAACAGCUACUUAAGCAAAAGUUGCUAAACCAUAGGAGACAAAGGAGAAUGUUAUGAGAAAAAUAAGAAUUGAAAAAUUGAUGGUUCAUAUUUGUGCUGGUGAAUCAGGCGACAAAUUGACUAAAGCAGCUAAAGUCUUGGAAGAUCUUACAGGAUAAAAACCUGUUUUUGGCAAAGCAAGAUAUACAGUGAGAUCAUUCGGUAUUAGAAGAAACGAAAAAAUUUCUGUCUUUUGCACCAUUAGAGGAGAUUAAGCUAGAGACAUUCUUGUUAGAGGUUUAAGAGUAAAAGAAAUGGAAUUGAAGAAGAGAAACUUUUCUGAUUCAGGAAACUUUGGUUUUGGUAUUCAAGAACAUAUUGAUUUGGGAUUAAAAUAUGAUCCAUACACAGGUAACAAAUUCAUCUUAUAAUAAAAGGUAUUUUCGGUAUGGACUUCUAUGUUGUGUUGUCAAGACCAGGAUUGAGAGUUGCUUAAAGAAAAUCAAGAAAUUCAAGAUUGGGUACACAAUAAAGAGUGACUAAAAAAGAGGCUGUAGAAUGGUUCAAAUAAACCUUUGAAGGAAACGUCUAUUGAU